UCCGAAAUUUCUCAUAAAUAAUUAGGCAUUUCCUGCAAUUUUUUUGGUUGGAUUACACUUUCAUUGUGAUUAAAUCGAAGAUUGCAAAUCUGUUUGAUUCAAAAGUGACAUAAUUUUGUGUUAUUUGAAUUUCUGGCCAUUUAUUUGCCGUAGAAAUUACUGGCAUUCGAUGUACCUGAAGAAACCGUUUUGGAGCGAGGCCGUGAAGGCGGAGGCGGAGGCGGAGCAGCAGUCGCCGGUUGUAGAGCUGGUGAAAUCUCUCGACAAGCAGCGGCUGUAUCGCGAAAUCACCCUCGCCCUCCGCACCGGCUUACGCGAGGCGAGAUCUGAGUUCUCCUUCCUCCGAAUCCGCGGUCUCCGCAGCAUUCUCAAGUUCCUCCGAUCCGUUGCUCACUCCGAUGACACCAUCAAUCUCUUUUGCCACUCUCAAUCCGUUUCCGCACUCCAAGUGGUGCCGGUUCUGUUCCAACACAGCCUUAAAGAGGUUGAGGACCAGUCGGUAGCUAAUUUGAAUCAUAUCUUCUCCGUGGAACCCAUGAAGAUAAGUAGCCCGGCUACGGAUGCUGAAGUGGCUAUUGCACUACGAGUUCUUGAAGGUUGCUGCCUUCUUCAUCGUGAGAGCACAAUCUUGGCUCAUAAACACAAGGCAAUCGCUGUCCUGAUGAAUAUCUUGUCAACUCGUGGAGUACUCGAGCAAGGUGCAUGCCUUGACGCCUUGGUUGCAAUCAUGGUGGAUUCAUCUUCUAAUCAAAUGGAUUUUGAAGAAUGCAAUGGCAUAGAGGAAGUUGCCCUUCUUAUAAAAGAUACACAAGUAGAGGAAAAUCUAAGGUUGAAAUGCGGUGAAUUUCUGUUGCUACUUAUCGGGCAUGUCAACGGUAGGGACACACCCCCGAUGAUGACCAUUCACGACGAAAUAAGGCAAUACCUAGGCGAAAAAUCCGCCUCUUUAAUAUGGGCACUGACUCAGCUCGGAACAACUCCGGACCUGGAGCAAAGACUUACAGCAUUGCAGCAUCAAGCCCGAAGGGUACUCGAAUCAAUCGAUCUUCAUUGAUCACAAAAUUCAAACAAUUGGACAUCUUUUUUUACAUUAUACUUAGUAGUUUGUACCAUAUGAUUUACAUUAAAAUGAUGUAAUAUCAUCUGAAACCACUACAUCUACAUCAGUCUACAUGGAAAAGAAAAAUAUUCCAUUUGAUUUAUGGUAGUAGUUUAUAUAUGGUUAAUUGAUCCA